AUGGCACCUCACCCCUCGGGGCCUCGGGCUGUGGAAAUCACCCUCGAGAAGGUGCAGCCUUUCCCGGGCACCUUGGACGACGAAACGGCCUGCAUGGCUCCCUCUGCGCCCAGCCCAGGCCGCUGUGCCGACUCGGAGGGGGGCGCCUGCCGGGGGGCUGCCCGGAGGUCCCGCUCCCGCCGCGCCGGGCGCAGCCGGCCCAAGAGCGAACUGGCACUGAGCAAACAGAGACGCAGCCGCCGCAAGAAGGCCAACGACCGGGAGCGCAACCGCAUGCACAACCUCAACUCGGCUCUGGACGCCCUGCGCGGGGUGCUGCCCACCUUCCCAGACGACGCCAAGCUCACCAAGAUCGAGACGCUGCGCUUCGCCCACAACUACAUCUGGGCGCUCACGCAAACUCUGCGGCUCGCAGACCACAGCCUCUAUGGGCCUGCGCCGCCCUGCACAGAGCUGGGCAGCCCGGACACGGGCUCCCCGGGGGACUGGGGCUCCCUCUACUCCCCGGUCUCCCUCGCUGGCAGCCUGAGCCCUCCCGCCUCUCUGGAAGAGGGCCCCGGGCUGCUGGCGCCCGCCUCCCCAACCUGCCUGCACCCCGGCACCCUGGCCGGCUCGGACUUCCUGUGA